GAUGCCAUCCCUCCUCCUAUUCUUCAUAUUCUCCUUCUCUUGUCUCUUCCUCUGUUUUCUCCAUUCUCUUCUGUAAAACUCUUUUAUCUCUCAUUCUCCUCUCUCUCUCUCUCUCUCUCUCUCUCUCUAUGAACUUAAUGAGAAUGUCCAACUCAAUCCAAAUAGCCUCUCCUCUAAAGCCACUGCCACUCAAAGAACAUAGACAACAGCAAGAAGAGACCCCAUCUUCCUCUUCUUUGUCUCAGCAUAGAAUUGUUUCGCCAAAGAAGAUCGAGGAUCAUCAGCAACCAGGAUUGAAAGAAGAAAGAGUACUUGAUGCUUGUGAUGAUGAUGGUGAUGAUGGCUACCAUACGCCAACUUCUCCAAGGCAUAGAAUCCCAAAGGCUACUGUAUGCCCUCUGGCGCCAAAGAGGCCAUCUCUCCCUCAGAGAUGCAAGAAGAGAAAAGCUCGCUUCGACAUUGAGAUUAAGGAUGUGCAGUUGUAUUUUGUUGCAGAGGCUGAUGAAGAGAAGAGAAGCAAGAAGGCUAGAGAAGAAGUUGUCUCUAAUUACUUUAACAUAAACUAAACAAAAGUACAUUUUAUUUCUUUUUAUUAGUGGCUUGAUUGAUGGAUUGCUUUUUUUUUUUUGAUUGUCUGUUAAUUGGGUCCUUGAGGUACAAUUAGUAGAGACACCCAGGACCCAGAUUUGAUUUGUAGAAAAAAGGAAAAAUCUUCUUGUUUGUGUGAUCUUUUCUGUCAUUUGAGGGCAUGAGGUUCUCUUUGUAAUGAAGCCUGUUCCUGUUUCUCAACAGUAAUUAUUUUUUCUUUAUUCUC